CUCCGCGUGUGAUGGUGAGUAGGUCGGUGGAGGAGAAGUACGGGGUGGAUACUGAAGAGGCAAGGUGGUGCCGGACGGAGGACAGGCUGGAGAGGACCCCGCGCUCUGCAAGCCUCUGGAUCCGUGGUGUCACCGCGAUAUAAAAUCUGGUCUGGGGGAACCAUGGAGUAUCUGGACACUCUGGACAGGAGGCUGAACUCUGCAGUGGACAACCUGUUUGGAGAGCGAGAUCCCCGGGUGCGAGGAUGGCUGCUGCUGGACUCCUACCUGCCCACGGUGCUGUUGACCCUCCUCUACCUGCUCCUGGUGACCCUGGGGCCCCUCUACAUGAGGUCCAGACCGGCCUGGUCACUCACACACGUCCUGCCCAUCUACAACUUCUCAGUCACCGUGCUGUCCUUGUACAUGCUGCUGGAGCUUGUCUCGGCAUCGUGGGCAGGUGGCUACAAUCUCCAGUGCCAGAGCCUCACUGAUGGAGGAGAGGCCGACAUCAGGGUAGCCAAAGUGCUGUGGUGGUAUUACUUCUCAAAGCUCAUCGAGUUCCUAGACACCAUCUUCUUCGUGCUGAGGAAGAAGAACAGCCAGAUCUCCUUCCUGCACGUCUACCACCAUGCCUCCAUGUUCAACAUCUGGUGGUGCGUGCUCAACUGGAUCCCCUGCGGACAGAGUUUCUUCGGGCCAACGUUGAACAGCUUCAUCCACGUGCUGAUGUAUUCUUACUAUGGCCUCUCCACAUUCCCUGCCAUGCACAAGUACCUGUGGUGGAAACGCUACCUAACACAGGCACAGCUGGUCCAGUUCUUCCUGACCAUCACCCACACCCUCAGUGCUGUAGUGGUCCCAUGUGGCUUCCCCACCGGAUGUCUACUCUUCCAGACCAGCUACAUGUUCACACUGGUGUUCCUCUUCAUCAACUUCUAUAUCCAGACGUACAGGAAGCGCACUCCCCGGGAUGCGGGAAGACGGCCCGAUGCAGACGUCAGCUGCUCCAGCAGUCAUGUAAAUGGCCAUUUCGCCCACGUCAAUGGCAGCACCACAGAGAAGCAGAAGCAGAAGGCUCAUUGACCUUGUUGCUCCCACAGGGGUCAAAUGAUUGUAUCAACCCUAAAUAUGCUGAGAAAGGAAUACUAUAGCAGGGAUUACGUUUUCUUUUUUGGGUGAUUGUAUGUUUAGCGCACUUUGUACUUGAUUGUUAUUUUUAUGUACGUAUAGUUUCUUUUAAUUCUUAAGGUUUCGUUACACAAAAAAUGGCUCAUAUUGUUAUCAGCGGGAGAGGUGCUUCCCACUUCCUUCAGGGCAUACAGUAAAUACACUCCUUUGCACAGUACAGGCGGACAUCUUGGAUUGAUGUAGUGAAAACUCCUUCCAUGUACAGUAUUCGUGCCUCCUGUGUCCUCAGAGGCAGUUCCACCAAUAGAGACUCCAAAAGUCAUGCUGCUCCAUGGUACCCAAGAUGGAACAAUUUAACCAACAGCAGUCAAACAAGGUCUCUCCCUUGACUCCCAUUCAUUGUGUUUUGUCCCCCCUCUUGAUAUUAGAUCCCAUGGAGAGGCAUUACUUUAAAGGUGCACUGUGUAAUAUUUUUAGUAGUUCAUUUACAUAAUUUAUGUCACCCGUUCACAAAUGUUUCCUUUUUCACAAAUACUUACCAUCAUAUUUUUAGUUUUCAUAAUGACUGGGAAAAUUGCACUUUUCAUACAUGAAAAGAGGGAACUUCAUGUCUGCCAUUUUGAAUUUCCAGAAAUAGACAUUUUUAGCAGCACAAUUUCCUGUACUUUGGUUAUACUAGUAAAUAUUAGCUUAUUACUAUUCAAAGAAAAGAUCAAACUUGGCAACAGGUAGCACAAUUCCAAUGAGCAGCAUAGUUGCAAAACGCACUCUGCCUGACCACCAUCCUACACAGUGCACAUUUAAGGCCCUCUCCUAUCAGAGCAUCCUGGGGAUAUGCUGAUGGUGAAUUAGAACAAAUCUAAAACAAAUACUGUAUGUGGAAGGAUUUUCAGUUUCUGAACCUGGUAUGUUGGCCUCUGUCAAACUGAAAUUGAGAGGUUUUAUUGCUGAACAUCACUACUACUAUAUCCACUGCUGAGCACUAGGAUAGUAGCCACAUGAUCAUACACAGAGCAAUGUAUUUUUAUGAACAUUAUGAAGCUUCUGGUUAAAUUUCACAAAAGAAAUAUUAACUGAGCGAUGCAUAAAAGGUCCCGUAUGACAUGACAUUAUGGGUGCUUUCCAAUAUGCACACUCCCGUCCUCCACUUGUGCUUGUGGCCUCGCCCCGCCUCCUGGCCCAGCCACCGUGGAGAAACCAAUUAAGUUUCCCAGCUGUCAGCCUAGCCACAACAAUUUUUGGGAGACCGUUUUUCAUUCACCAUCCCAAUUGCAAAUGA